CCGUUGCAGUGAACAUCGUGUGAGCAUCGCUCGACCCAAGUGUACGUGUGAAUAAUACGAGUGUGAAUUGAUUUUCGAGUUUUCAAGAUUCUCACGUGCCGCUGCUACUGGUUUUGUGUGAUUGUAUUGUACAAGACCAUCCUCGACGGCGCUCGUUCGAUCUCGCAGAUGAUCAGUCAUCUCCGGACGCUCUCGUCUCGUUUAUUUUUCAUUUAAAUGGAGCCCCUGACACCUCCUGUCACGCCGCCUUCCAAACUCAACAUGGAGCAGCGCAGCCGACUGGACUGGACCGUUCGCUACCAGCAGCAUCAUCAAGAAGCGACAGCCAGAUUCGAGCAAUGGGUUCGAAACACGAGCGCGCUCAUUGCUAGUCGCGGCUGCUGUCCAACAAACGUCCCGUCUUUCCCUACCUACUCGCAGAUGCAACAUCUACGCCUUGGCAUGAACGUGCCUGUCGUGGCCAACCUGGCUCCAACGCCACCAGCGUUUCUCGCCCGACGAGCACCUGGCCAAAGACCGAAAAAGCAAUUCAUCUGCAGGUUCUGCAAACGUCAGUUCACGAAAAGUUACAAUCUGCUGAUUCACGAGAGGACGCACACCGACGAGCGACCUUACUCCUGCGAUAUCUGCGGCAAGGCAUUUCGAAGACAAGAUCAUCUCAGGGAUCAUCGAUAUAUACACAGUAAAGAGAAGCCCUUUAAAUGCGUGGAUUGUGGCAAAGGCUUUUGUCAAAGUCGAACCUUGGCUGUGCACAAAAUUCUCCACUUGGAGGAGUCACCUCACAAAUGCCCAGUUUGCCCGCGCAGUUUCAACCAACGAAGCAAUCUCAAAGCUCAUCUGUCCAGUCAUCCAGAUGCUCCACAAGACUUGCGGGUCCUUGAAAAUCAACGCCAUCAGAACUCCAGGAAAAAUAAAAUAGCUCAAUCAUCGUCGCCACUCAAGAAAGGAUUUACGAUCGAUGAAAUUAUGCGACGUUAACUAAUUUCCAUGUUUGUCAAAAUUUCAAAUCUAAGUCUUUUCAAAUAGUUGUAAAUAGUGUAAAAGCUCAAAUGUUUACUCGAGAACAUUUUUGUGAUUACUGUAUUGUAAAUAUUACGAACUCGGUGACAGACGUUUUGUCAAUCGUUGUGUACGUGUUACUUUCUAAGUUUUAAAUAUGUGUCUGAGGCAGGGUAAAAAUUAACUUCUUAAAAUUUCAUUUUCUGAGACGUCUAAUGAACUUUUGGCAAAACAUCUUCGCAGAGACCUUCAUUAGCUUUGAGAGACCUUGCGAAGAUGUUUGGAGAAAUCUUACUCUGCCUAUGGAAUAUCUUUCAUUGUUGCAAUUGUGCUAUUUAAAAAAUAUUUACUUACGUUUAAAGUAAUAAGAAACGUUGUAUUAGUCGAAAUAUAAUACAUAAAUCGUUGGCUGUAAUACUCUGGAUUAUGAACAAAUACUUUAACGUAACCCAGUGGUACAGAUUGAAAUAAAACGAAAAUAUUACGUAUAAAUCUAUUAUUUAAAAAAA